GAUGGUUAUUUUGAUUUUGCUCAUCUAAUAAAGAUUUCUGGCAAACAAUCUUUUAUCAUAGGAUGGAAUUUGGGCAACAACCAACCUAUUAUUGGAAAACUUCGACAUUCUGAUGAUAUUUCUACCACUAUACAACACUUUAUUCCUUCACCAAAUCAACAACAAAAGACUCUCUUAAAAGAAUGCAAAGGAAGUUUUGAUUCGUAA